AUGUCGAGUAUUUGUCGUCGCUGUAUAGUCGUGCGGGGCUCGGGCGGCGAGUGAGUCAGGCCGAGGAAGGAUAUUUUACCUCCCACCCACCACCGUUACAAGACGGGGCAAACAGAAAUGGCCGGGCCGAAUUCAGCGGGAUCUUGGGGCGUCUUUCUUGCUUGUGUAGCGACACUCAUCGGCCUAGCGGCGGGCGACGGAGCUUGCGAAAUAAGCGGAGGAUACGACUACAAGAGGCUGUUUACGACUUCGUGGCACGUGGACGUCCAAGGGAGCGGCCCCUGCGUCACUCUGGGAGCCCAGGGCUGUUUUUGGACCUUGAGUUUCUGUGGCGACGGGAAGGAGGCACAGUGCGGCAAAAACAAAGCGUGCGAAUGGCUGAAUACCACCAGUGCCAAGCCCAUGGGCCAGUUCACGACCCUGCAGGCAAACGGUCAAAACAGCUUCGUGGUGAAAUUCCAAGAGCCCGCAAGCACCCUGCUAAAGUGCAGCAAGCUGUCCAAGACUCUCAGGACGAACGUGAUAUUCACCUGCGACCACGACAAGCCCAUUCCUAUCGGACCUGGGUCCCUGGUCACAAAGCUUCCGUACAGCAACAUUGACGACCGAGAUCUGUGCGAGCGCAACGUGACCGUGCCGUACGAUGGAGCAUGCGGCAGCGCGCCGGCCACGUCGUCGGGAGGUCUCAGCACUGGAUCCAUACUGCUCAUCCUGUUCUUUGUGGCCCUGCUGAUCUACUUCGUGGGAGGCAUUCUGGUCAACCGCAACAAUGGCGCUCGAGGGGUGGAGAUGAUACCGCACCUACAGUUGUGGAAGGAGCUGCCUUCGCUCAUAGUGGAGGGAUGCGUUUUCUUCGUCCAGACGAUCACCUGUCAAGGCGGCCGCUCGGAUAGGUCGUAUGACAACAUCUGAAGACGCGAUAUAUGUCACCCAUUCCUUCCUGCCAUAUCAUCAUUCUCAAAGUGUCUACACUCGAUCCCCAUUGCGUUCACUUGAGGUUUACUGGCUUUGUGUGAAAAUGAUCGACUAUAAACGACUGUCUUACUACUGGCUUGCUGUCCGUGAGCAGCUUCACAAAUAACGAAAACUGAUACUGAUGAGGAUCGGCCAAGAAAAUGUAAGCCUGUCCAGCUUUCACAUGGGAGGCGCCAUUAGUGUUCCCUUGGACUGCAUGGUGACCUGGUCUUCUUGCAGGCGAAUACGCGUCAUAAAUACUUUAACAUUGUUGUUGUAGACCGGGGACGUCGUGAUCGUGCGCGUGUUGUGGAUGGGUUAUGAACAGUGUAGUGGGCAAAAUUGAUCACACUCUCGCCACUACACCGAACUGCUACGGUAUCUUGAAGGCGCUUACCGGAGACGUAUUCGGCUGGCACAGCAGAAGCCUCAUAACUAAAACUGCGGCCGAACACAUGGCACGUUAGUCUCAGCAACCUGCAAACAGCACAAUAGUCGUGUAAAGAUACCUGCAGCAUUGCCUGAAAGCACUAACUCGGCUCCAUCACGCGCAACAUUGAGACAAAAUUAUCAUAACAGCCUCCUGUGCUGAAAUUGCAGUCUUAAAUAUCACAGCACUACUCAGAUAAAAAGAAAAUACGCCAAUCAUCCGAAAUGAAACUAUUAUAAGAAGGGGGCAACGAUAAGGAUGCCGGUAUGUUGAUAACCUGCGAAAUGUGCGUGUGCGGGAUCUCUAUUAGGGCUCUUUUUUUAACGUACACUUCGUGCAGGCUCGUGUAGACGAGUAUAGUGCCAGUCAAAGGCUAUGACGUCGUGUACUGCACUUGUCUCGCUGGGCUGUAGCCAAUCAGAGCAGACAGCGCGUUGUCCUGUGCGUCAGCAGACGAAAAGCGCCUGAUCCACACUUCACGUGACUUCGCACUUACUGGUUGCGUAUAUGCCUUUGCCUAAAGCUAAACGCCAAUGUACGAGUUUCUUUUCAUCAACAAAUCUAGACAAACCCCAGCGAAAUGCAUUGCGAACGCGCAGUGCACGAAGACAACUUCUCGGUGCGUACAAUACAGCGCGCGCGCAGUCUGAAUCAGCCCGCACCGUUCUUGAGUAAUAAUUUCAUCUUCUUGUGAGGUUAGCUCACCUUCCUCGGUGACACAUGGUAAUGCCAGCACUUCGCUACCGUCCUCCCAGCGAAUAUUUACUGUCGUCGCGAUAUCAGCGCCGACGGUAUCAGUGUGCGACGUCAGCUAGCCUGCUUGUUUGUCGUCUGCUGCCUACACUCGUCGAAACUGCAGUGUAGAAAGUGUAGUUUUCAUGCUACGCUAAAGCUGUACGUGCAGAUGGGCGGAGCUCGUUUUCUACACCAAGUAAAAGAAAUCGCGACUUCCUACACUAGCUAUACCCGCGUAACCAUGUAAGUAAAAAAAAAAUAGCCCUAUUGUUUUUCGUUCGUGACGCAAAGCAUGAAUCUCCUACAUGUUUGAGAGGUGAAACCUGUGAUAGGAUGUUGAACAAUAAAGAAACAUGUGCAGUAGGAGAUGACCGUCUUGUAGUGUUGGUUGUGUUAUCAUUACGAGCACAUUUUGCCAAAGAAACAUGUACGCAGCCUGCCGGCUGAGCAAAAAUAAAUAAAUAUGCUGUUCGUCA